AGCCCUCAGUGGCUAUUAAAGUGUCAAGUUUACAAGUGGUUUUGUAUCGUAGGAGCGGCUGCAGUCCUCAAGCUUGCCAUUUUGAAGUUUAUCUGCGCGCCAUGUUUUCUGUUACCAGUCCUUCUGUUACAAAAUUCAAGCUUGACCUCCUAUCACAGUUAAAAAUAUUUAUAAAAAAAGUUAAUAUUUUUUCAAAAUAAACAAUUUUGUUAAUUACGUCGACUUCAUAAAAACAACGAAGUAAUAAGAAUUAGAAAUGAGGUGAAGUUGAUAGCGCUUAAAAUCUCGAUGAGGUAUUUUUAAUGAUUUGAUUGAAAAAUGGUCAAAAUGUUCUUUCUUACGCAUAUUUAACUCUUAUGUGCAUUAUGGUUGGUUAUUUAUUGUCAUAAAUCUAUUAUUAUUUGUUAUCUUUUCAACAAAUUCAAAUUCUACCGACUGAUCAGCAAAAAUUUGCAUUUCUCGAAUUUUUCAAAUCACCAAUUUAUUUUUCAAUUUCUGUCUACAAGAAUUAUACGUUGGGUACUCAAACAGCUACUUAAUUUAAUAUGUUCAUUACGAAAACAAACAACUUUUGCAGAGCAAAUUUUGGUCUACAUUGCAAGUUUUCUUCUACCUUUCAAAGUUAAUUUUCAUUUGAAUUCUUUAAAACCCAGCUUAAUUGGUAGUUUAUCUUAAAUUUACCAUUUUGUUCACUUCAUUUGAGUAAACUUAUGACUCAUCAGUUUGAGUCAAAAUGAAGUUUAAAAAACUUCGCAAUUUAUAAUAUCAAAGUCACAAGACACAAACGAAGACUGUUUGGAGCUCUGAGAUUGCGUUAAUGCUAGUUAUUAGUUAUCACUAUGGAACUUAGGGUGUCAACAUUGGAUUUCAUUGUCUUGGCAGCAAUGCUGAUGGUUCUCUCGACCAGCAGACCUCAAAUGGUGGAAAACGCGAUCAAAUUAAACUCUUCGACCGUCCCAACUGACGUCACAUAUCAGCAAAUAUCACUCACCAAACAGACCAAUCACAGAUCAAAUGACGUCAUACUAAUGGGAGACGAGAGACUCCGGAGACCGGAGGAAAUCUCAUUCGACCGGAUCUUUGAGCUGAAAUAUAUCAAGUCUGGUUUCAUGGUGGGAUCCAAUGUGGAUAAGCACCUGGUAGCCAGUAUUUCGCCCGGAGACAACAAUCCAUACAGUCUGUGGUACAUGGACUACAACCAGUCGAGUGGUCUCUACACAAUCAGAUCUCUACUCGACUUCGAUACCUUCAUAUGCAUGCACGGAACACCACUGGACGCCAAAGCCAAACUCAAGCCAUUCGAAGAGAAAUUCUGCAUUUUCGAACAAUUGGUAUUGACACAAAAACCUCAAGACUUCCCCAAUUCUCUACCCACCCCUUACCCCUCCACAAACUUGACCUUGACCUCAACCUUCUCCCCUUCCUCGUUCAACCCAUCUGCUUCCUUUGGACUCCAGGGGUCAAGGGGGGUGGUUUCGGGUGACCUUGACCUCUCUGGCGGUGUGUCGAUGUGGAUGUCUCUGGCGUUUAGAAAUCCACACACAAACUGCUUCAUAGCUUUUAGCACAUCAUCUCUCAAUUCCAAGAAAUAUUGUCCGCAGUCUCCGAUAACACCUCACCAACUGUCAAUCAAAGAUGUCAACUCAAUUGCUCAUUUUGACAAGGAAAAACCCGAACCACAAACUAUCCUACAGGCUACGACUUCCCUGAAAGACGUAUACCCGAACCACAAAUCAACUUCGCAAAUCUUACAAUCGGUUCGUUCACACGUCAAGACGAACUUACCAUUUAUGGUAUUAAAUUGGGAGUCGGGAUUAACCGAGCGACAAUAUUUCCGAAUUGCCUCUGAAAAGUACCAGGCAAUUUCAUGGAAUAUUCUCAAGCAUAGUUAUCAUUCAUACCAGCUUCCAGCAGUUUUCCAAGAAAGCAAAAAGGCUUCACAUCUUCAAAAAAUCUGGAAAAAUAAAUGCAGUUUCAAUUUAUAUGACAUAUUUCAAACACGAACCAAUACCUCGUUGAAAUCAAAUAAUCACAAAAAAUUGGACAAAUUGAAGAGCACAAAUCAGGAACUCGAUGAGAAAACAAUAAUCGAUAACAAACGACAAAAACUAUUUGACAAGUUCUCGACAAAAUUGUACAACAUUUCUAAGUUGGCUGAAACAGACAAAAGUUAUUACCCCAAGUUUGAAAAGAUAGUAAUCCUUUUGAACCAGAUAUCAAGUUUUCAAAUAAAUUCAUAACGAGGAUUUUAUCAUUUCUGUAGUAUUUUAUUUUGCUAUACCAUUGAAUUGUGCAAUAUUUCCA